CGUUGGGGAGAGAGAUGGGGAAGAGACGGCGGAGAGAUGGUUAAGGUAGGAGGAGCAACGACGGCGAAGAAGAAGAAAGGCCGUCCAUCUCUAUUGGAUCUCAAAAACCGUGUUCUUAAAAAAGAAGAGCUACAAAAUCAACAAAAAUUACAACGGAUAUCAACUCGUCGGAACCCUAGCUCUACCGCCGCCUCCAGUGGCUACUAUGUAUCGGCCAAUGAAGACGAGUACUACGACGAUGACGAUGAUGAGAGAAGAGAAAAGAAAGUCAAGCUCGUUGUUCGUUUGCCUCAGUCAAAUCAACUACAACAACAACAGGCUUCUUCUGAUUUAAUUAGAUAUUCCUCGGUUAAUUCGGCAUCCUAUUUCUCUGAAUUAAAUGAUGACGUUGACAAUUGGAAAUUCAACUCCGGAUCUGUUGAUACUAUCAUUGAUUACCAGGGUGAAAAGAUUUCAAAAGCCAUGGAGUCUUCUGGACCCACAACACCUUUACCAGACAAAAAGCUAUUGGAUUUCAUUCUUGACAGGCUUCAAAAGAAGGACACUUAUGGGGCGUUCUCUGAGCCAGUUGAUCCUAAUGAGCUUCCUGAUUACCAUGAAAUCGUUAAGCAUCCAAUGGAUUUUGGCACUGUGAAAAACAAACUUGAUGAUGGAGUCUAUUCAAAUUUGAAUGAAUUGGAGGCAGAUGUGUUAUUGAUUUGUUCUAAUGCAAUGAAGUACAACUCAUCUGAUACCAUUUACUUUCGUCAGGCAAGAAACAUACAAGAAUUGGCAAAAAGGGACUUUGGGAAUUUGAGGCAAGAGGGUGAAGAGGGGGAGCUGCAACCAAAAGUAGUGAAACGAGGCAGACCGCCAAGUAAGCACCUGAAAAAGCCACCUGGCAGACCCCCAUUGGAGCGUGUGGGCCCCGAGUCCGCCACUCUGGCAACUCCUGAAGACAACACAACGGAGUCUACUCCUUACAAUUUAAGAAGAGGACCCAUGUUGCAUAACAGCUGCAAUAGAGAACAACCCUACUCUGAAUUAUUAUCAGAGUGGAAUGAAGAGUUUCCAGUGCGCAUUCGGAGGGCGGAUAUGAAAUAUGGAAAUAUUAAAGAUUUUGUUAUAGAUGAGAGUAGGCGUGAGACUUACAAGCAAUAUUAUGUCUCCAACUUUUGUGGAGAAAAGAAGCAGUUAAUGGUGGUUGGUGAUGGUGAUGGUUAUGCUAGAAGUUUAGCUUGUUUUGCUGCUAAUCUUGGCCCUGUUGUCUGGAAAGUUGCGUUAAAGAAAAUGGAUAAAGCUUUACCUUGUGUUGAUGCACAAGGUACAACAGUAGAAUCCGAGGGUAUUUUUGGGAAAUCAUCUUGUUGGCAGCAGCUUGAAGGGGGCAAUGGAGAUGAGGGGAGGCAAUAUAGAUAAUGCAUAGGAAAGGGAUUGUAUGUAUAGAUUAGGUUUUGGUUUUAUGGGAAGUAUCAAAGUGUAUGUUUGUAAUAUUGGGAGUUUGAUGAAUCUGAAUUUUGGAAAUACGGGAAAAAAGAAAAGCAUUUUUGGGUUGAGAGAAAA